UUGAACAUGACAUGACAACGGAGUAACUUGUCAUGACCGCGGUGUUUGGUCAUUUCGCAUUAGACUACCUCAAUGUUCAUUUACUUCAUCACCUGUUUAUCUUGAAUCCUUCUCUCCGCUAUGUCCUUCAAUUCUCACACAGUUUCACAUGUAGUGAUCACUGUAUGUGAGUCGAUAAUGUGCUCAUAUUUUAAUUUUAUCUCAACUGUAGUUCUACGUUAAUUAAACUGAUCGCUAUCAAGUGGCUGUUGAAUCAUCUACUGAAAAGGCUUAAAAAACGCUGUUCACUCAAUCCGUCUUCCAAUUCAAGGAGCUUUCAUUAUAGUCAAAAGCCGAAAAUGUUUCAAUGCCAUUUGAUAACGUGAUAAAUAUACAUAAUUAUCUCAAACUCGAUGAGGAAAACCAUCAUUUUUAUUCAUGGGAGUCAUUUUUUGAGACUUCUCUCGAUUUUUCGUUGCAAGUUAUGCAUGACAGUGUGCGUGGUGACAGCGUUAUUUUUCAUCAUAGCGCAUUUGUCGAAUAGUCCGAGUCGAGUCGUAUACACUCACCCUGAUGAACUUACCGACAAGGACAGCUGUAGUGUAUCAGGAAGCAAAGUCUGUUGUCCGAAAAGCGGUGACCUUGAUCUAACCCAAUAUAGCUCAGAUACUCCCACAGAUUUUCUGAACUUGUUGUAUGUAUCUCAGCAUGUUUGUGAGGGGAGCUGGAAACCGGAAUGUGUGUCUACACAAAAGAUAGCUGUCAUUAUACCCUACAGGGAACGAGAAAAGCACCUCAAGCUACUAUUACCGAGACUACAUGGGCUAUUGUUACGACAAAAUAUGCCGUAUUAUGUUUUUGUGAUUGAGCAGGCUGGGACCACUCCUUUCAAUCGUGGACUAUUAUUUGAUGUUGGAGUUUUACAUGCAUUGGAUAUUGAUCCAGAUAUUAAUUGUUUCAUCUUUCAUGAUGUUGAUCUAUUACCUGAGAAUAGUGAAAAUUUUUAUAUUUGUGAUACAGAAUUAAGACAUUUAUCACCUGCCGUUGAUGACUUACGAUACCAUCCACCAUUUUUGAACAGUGCAGGAGGUGUUGCUGCCAUGUCUAAAAAAAAUAUUUUCAAGAUAAACGGGUUUCCAACACGUCAUUGGGGUUGGGGUAGUGAAGAUGAUGAAUUUUCUGUACGUGGUUUAUUAUAUAAUUUAAAAUUAACUAGACCACCUGAAUUAAUUGGACGUUAUAAAGCACCAAGACAUAAAAAAUAUUCUAUAUCAUUUAAACAUCAAAGUGAUUUUUUAAAAUUUCGUAAUUAUUUACAUGAUGGUUUAUCUAUAUUAAUUCAAAAAAAUUUUUAUUUUAAAUGGAAAAUUAAAUCAUUAAAUAAAAAAUUAAAAAAAAAAAUUACAUUACAUAAAUUUCAAAAAUUUCAAAUUCCCUCCUUUUUAAAUUCAUGUACGCGCCAAAAUAUUUUAUCACAAAUCAAUUUAAACAAUCAUAAUAAUAAUAAUAAUCAUUCAAUUGAAAUUGUUUAUGAUUUAAAUAAUAUUUCUAAAUAUAAUUAUGAAUUAUUAAAUGAUUUAUCUCGUAAUGAAUUAUAUAUACAUUUUAUAUUUGAUCCAAUUGAUUUAUAUAAACAAUAUAAAAUGAUCUUAAAACCUAUAGGUAAUAAUACUGAUGAAUCUUUAUGGUGGUAUUUACAUUUCUAUGGAUGGAUUUAACAGAUCUAUUAUGGAAUAAAAUAGAUAGAUAUAGAUGUAUACUGUUUACUUGUAUCCCCCCCUCUCUCCUUACAUAUAUAUAUAUAUAUAUAU